UAGGUAUCACAUUGCGACCGGAAGUCAGGACAACAGCAUCAAGAUGUGGGACUUGCGAAGAAGGCAGGAAAUCUAUGCGAUUCCAGCGCACACGAACCUAGUGUCGAAAGUUAAAUUCCAUCCUGGUCAUGGUCAAUAUUUGAUAUCGUCUUCGUACGACAAUACUGCGAAGGUUUGGUCUCAUCCCUUGUGGCAACCCUUAAAAACUCUUUCGGGCCAUGACAACAAAGUCAUGGGUGUUGACAUUGCACCCAACGACCAAUACGUCGUCACUUGUUCCUUCGACAGGACGUACAAAUUAUGGGGGAUCGACGACGCGUUUUGAUUCACUUGAUGAGAUUCUGUUCUUUUAUAAAAGGUUUACAAAUGCAGUUUCCCCAUGUCAUGUUUA